AUGUGGCUGGAAGUGGGGGGCCGACUGCGGGGGACCUGUGGACAGCUGGUCUGGACUGUUGGUCUGCCUUAUGGGGCCCUGGGGUCUGGGCCCCACUGGUGGGGGCCACGUAAGGGUUCUGGGGCCCAAAAGCUUCAUCAGGGUGGGUCUGGCCGAGGCCUGAGUGAGGAGGACAUUUGCAAGGCCCGGGAGGCCCGGCUCAGGAAGACACCUCGGCCCCAGCUGAGUGACCGCUCUCGUGAACGCAAGGUGCCUGCCUCCCGCAUCAGUCGCUUGGCUAACUUUGGGGGACUGGCUGUGGGCUUGGGGCUGGGAGCGCUGCAAGAGAUGGUCAAGAAGUCCCUGCCAGGAGGAUACCUGCAGUCAGAGGGCAGCUCCAAGCCUGGCUCCAGCCCUUUCCUGUCGGAGGCCAAUGCUGAACGGAUUGUUCAGACCUUGUGUACAGUUCGGGGGGCCGCCCUCAAGAUUGGCCAAAUGCUCAGCAUCCAGGACAACAGCUUCAUCAGCCCCCAGCUUCAGCGCAUCUUCGAGCGGGUCCGCCAGAGCGCCGACUUCAUGCCCCGCUGGCAGAUGCUGAGAGUUCUCGAAGAGGAGCUCGGAAGGGACUGGCAGUCCAAGUUGGCCUCUUUGGAGGAGGUGCCCUUUGCUGCCGCCUCAAUUGGGCAGGUGCACCAGGGAAUGCUGAGGGAUGGGACAGAGGUGGCCGUGAAGAUCCAGUACCCAGGUGUGGCCCAGAGCAUCCAGAGUGAUGUCCAGAACCUGCUGGCGGUGCUGAAGAUGAGCGUGGCUCUGCCCGAGGGCCUGUUUGCGGAGCAGAGCCUGCAGGCCUUGCAGCGGGAGCUGGCUUGGGAGUGUGACUACCGUCGGGAAGCAGCUUGUGCCCAGAACUUCAGGCAGCUGUUGGCAGAUGACCCGUUCUUCCGGGUGCCGGCAGUGAUUACGGAUCUCUGCACUACACGGGUGCUGGGCAUGGAGCUGGCUGAAGGGGUCCCCCUGGACCAGUGCCAGAGCCUGAGCCAGGACAUCCGAAACCAGAUCUGCUUCCAGCUCCUGAGGCUGUGUCUGCGGGAGCUGUUUGAGUUCCGAUUCAUGCAAACGGACCCCAACUGGGCCAACUUCCUAUAUGAUGCCUCCAGCCACCAGGUGACCCUUCUGGACUUUGGUGCAAGCCGGGAAUUUGGGACUGAAUUCACAGAUAAUUACAUUGAGGUAGUGAUGGCUGCAGCCAAUGGAGACAGAGACCGGGUCCUACAGAAAUCGCAGGACCUCAAGCUCCUCACAGGCUUUGAAACCAAGGCAUUCUCCGAUGCCCACGUGGAGGCUGUGAUGAUCCUGGGAGAGCCCUUUGCCACCCAGGGUCCAUAUGACUUUGGGGCAGGGGACACUGCCCGCCGAGUGCAGGGCCUCAUGCCAGUGCUGCUGCAGCACCGGCUUCGCCCACCGCCUGAGGAGACCUAUUCCCUGCACCGUAAGCUGGCAGGGGCUUUCCUGGCCUGUGCCCGCCUCCGAGCCUGCAUCAAAUGCCAGGACCUCUUCCAGGACACCUAUCACCGCUACUGGGCCAGUCGCCAGUCUCAGCCUCUGCCUGAAGCCUCCUGA